GCCAACUUCACGCAGUUACGUCCAGACAGCCGAGAGGGACGGACCCUUGCCGCUCGCGUCCCCAAAACUAUCGUACAAUAAACAUUUAAACAAUUCACAAGUGUUCCAAGUCGAUUGACAUUUUGUAUAAUAUACUGUUUUAGUGAUGGGAAGUGUGAAAUACAGUGAGGACAUCGAUUUCGUACGAUGACCGAAACUUUAAAGUUGGGGAGAACGGAAAAAGUUGUGAUGCCGAAUGCAGUCCCGUAUACAAAAAGUGUGUGCUUGUAAUGUGAUGGCCUGAUGGGAUCGCAGUGUGGCCAAUACAGUGUAGUUAGUGAUGUGUACUGUGAUAUAAAAUUUCGGCAAUCGCGUAGAUGAUUGUCGUUCCUGUGUGUGAUAUUAUUAGUUUAUUAGUUACCAAAGAUUCCUGAUGAUCUUGUACAUUAGUUUGUGUUUCAUAUUGGUAGUUUUAGCUGAUCCGUUGCCGGGCAAGCACGUACCGCUAGAAAGUUAUGAGAGCGAAUUGGAGAGGGAACACGCGCUGCCGACGUCCGUCCCCAAUGCCGACAUACUCAAGACUAAUAGCAACCCGACGUACCAUAAGCCGAGGCCACCACAGCACCACGGCGCGGCUCUGCUGGCCGGGGUUGGGGGAGGGGGUGCCGUCCCCUCGUACGCACCCCCUGGCAGAGCAUUCUUCACCCCCCCUCUGCCGCCUGAGUACAGAAACCCCUUCGCUGAUAAGCCAACACUUCGAGGCACGAACACAGAUGGAAACAAUUAUCUCAACAGGCGGCCUAUACCCCCACCAUCUUUGGGUCCAGGACACGACAGAAUACCCAUCAGACCUCCUGGACAGGAAACUUCAUCGCCCCAGGUGCCAGCGCCACCACCAGCACCGCCGCUGCCACCGGCGGGUAUCGAACCCCAGAAGAAAAAGCCUCUCAAUACGCCUAGCCAUAAGCCGGACGAACUAGACAGCGACAUAAAACAGCCGGGAACCGACCAAGCGAAUUUCACCGACUUCGUGCCGAACUCCUUGAACAUCCCGACCAUAUCAAGAAUACUGUCAGGAUCUAAUGGACGCAAAGAAGAUAUACCUGACGUUCUUCUACGAACGGUCACUGCAAAACCCCAACACAAUCAAGAAAAGACCUCCAAAAGUGAUAUCUACGUCACUAAGGAAGCUGGAGUCACACUAAGCGACUCCAGUAGGGAUUCUUCAACUGAAGGAUCAGUUUUAGCAGUCCUAGACCCUGAAAUGAACAAUUUAGAUAGACCUUUAAUUGUAGACCAAAAUGGAGAAACUAAUACGAGAAGGAAUCUCCAAUAUGCUACCAACAAACAGACAGAUAGGAACGAAACUAGGAAGGAUGAGUAUACCCCAGCCACUACUAUAGGUUUCGAGCUAAAAGACCCUGAAAUGUCUACCGAAAGGUAUCAUAAUCUAGCGAAUGUAAAUUCUGAUAAAAAGAUCUUGAAACAAGAUUCAAAGAACUCAGGACCUGUUCAAAGACCAGGGGCAGCUUGGCCGUUCGCGUGGAACCUCCACAUAUACCUCGCGACUGUCAUGUUUACUAUCCUAGCAGUCUACUCCAUUUUCAAAAUCGUCUGCUACAACAAGUACACUCAUUUGUUCACCCAGUAUUACUUCAUCAUCUUACAUUUGAUCUUGGUCCUCGUCUGUCUUCUCAGAAUCUUCUACAUGUGCUACGAUCCGUACAACAUAAACAAUUCCCUCCCUAAAUUCAUAAGUGAAAUCCUCCUCCACAUCCCAGAAAUAUUCCUUAGCAUAGCAUUCGCUUGUAUCAUACUCUUCCUCCUCACAAAUAGCAUUAAUUUUAAGAAUACCUGCUGUUCAUUCCUCCUUCGUCCUAGAAUUAUUAUAAUAGGCGGCAGUUUGCACAUACUGUCCUGUUUAAUGUUGCAUAUCUUUGAGAGUAAUAAUACAAUUAAUAGAAGUACGCACGGUGGCGAAAAGAGGGUAUUAGGUCUUACUUGUCAAAUAAUAUUUAUAAUAGCAUGCCUUACUUUAGGUCUUUGCUACCUAUAUGUAUAUAAAAUGCUCAAAACUGUUCUUCAGAAAAAGAGUCACACUUAUAUAAAUGGUUUCCAAAACCUGCAGCAUGCCAUCCAGAUAAAAUUGGCGACGGCAUUACUGUUUAUUCUGAUGGCAGGUCUGCAGAUUUUUGGCAUCUUUGGCAUCAACCAACAUAACAUGACCAAGUUCGACUGGCUUCAAUGGGGCUACCAGUUCUCUCUGAGGCUUCUAGAAGUCAGUAUAGUUGCUCUUAUCUCCUGGGUAAUCAGUCUGAAAGUUGGAAUAGCUCUUCAACACGAAAAGGCCGAUGGUCACAAAAUAUCUGGCCUUGGUCUUUUCGCUUGUGGGGCUGGUUCCAGCAACGAACAGUUCGAAUCAGACUAUCCAGCGAUAUGCAACACGAACACCAAUCUUCAUACUUAUACGAUGAGGACUGGUAAACCCAUAUAUGAGACGACUGGCCAUCAUCCAGCUAUGCAAGACCCUUGCUGCGGGCCAGUGUUAGACCACCAGAGGUUCCAACUCAACACUCUCACUGGCAACUGCGACAAUAAUUCUGGAACUGAGAAUUAUUCUGGACACAGUUCCAUAGCGAAUGCUGGUCACAGUAGUUCCACGGAAUCCAGUAACGCGACAUCCAGUCAGGGUGUUACUAACCACCUGAUCAAACACCAUCCCAACAUGGCAGGGUAUAACGGCAUUGAGUCCGCUUCGGACGAUCAUUACUCGAACUGUGACCCUGCCAUACAGUCCCUUCAAGGUGACGAUCCCUUAGACCAUGAAUACAAUGUCAUCCAAUAUGGAAGCAACAGUGACUUCAUUAGGGAUAUCAAGAACCAAAAUUACAAUGCAGGUUCUAACCGCAGUUCGCAUAACUUCAAACACAUGUCGUAUGACAGGGUCUCUUCAAGGACCAAUAGUAAUCCUCGAAAAAAGCAUCGAGCGAAGAACAAGAAUGUCCAGAAUUGUAUGACGAUGGGGUAUGACUCCUCAAUGGGGCACCACUACCAUCAGCCACAUUCGCCCGAUGAAUAUGGCAACUAUAACACGGAAAAUGCCUCAUACCACGCUUCUGGCAUCCAGACUUUGAACCCCAAUAGGAGUUACAGUAAUGAUCCUUGCCAACAGAUCAGGAGUUCACAGCGCAGAAAUUCGCCCUCGACCUCCAUGGUCAACUCCAGCGGGAGUCAGAAGCGUGGUAAAGGCAACGGGUUUCCAGAUAGGCCGAAGUCUACGGACUUGUACGGGUUCUCAGAGGACCCUAAUGAGAGGGGAUAUCCUUGCGCGCUAGGAGGGACUCCUCAACCAGCUCCUAGGAACUGCAGUUACGAGGCCUCGUACUCCCAACCGCAGGAUGAAAUCCCAGCGGAGGCAGAGGGGAACAGUAUGCUAGUUGCUCAAGACGGCUUCCUGAGAAUCCGCUCCAUGAAGGACUCGUCUCCGAACCCUCAGCCUUCGCAUACCUGAUUUACCAUAAAUCUGUCGUAUACGACAGAACUAAGUUUUUGAUAAAAUAUUUUCUGUCUGGCUGUGCUGUCAAGUUUGUAUUGAUAUUCUCCAGCCAGUGUAUACUUAGGUAUGAUGCAAUGAUGAUGUCUCAUCAGAAUAGAUGAAAAUCUUCAAUGCAAAGAAUUAAAUGAUAAAAUAUGCCUUAAAGGAGGCGAAAUAAAGCAUUUUAAAGCUAUUUUAUUUAAGUAACUUAAUUAUACUUACAAGUGUACAGUUCAUACUGAUUUCUUUUUUAAUUUCUUGACUUAAAUACGGCCUCUAUGCGAAGAGUAUUACGUAAAGAUAUACGUAUCGUUAAGAAAAUCAUUUUUACGCCAUGACCCAUUUGACGUCGAAUCAAAAUCAUGUAAAAUUGUAAAUGUUAGAUAUAAAAUGACCUAAUUUAAGUAUAAUAUUCGUAACGGCCUUCUGUAAAUAGCUUAUUUUUUAGUUCGAAUACGGUCUCUGUAAAAUAUAUUUUAUAACAUUUUCAUUUCAAAACCAGCCUGGCUAUCAUUCAAGAAACAAAAAGUUGCAUAAUUUCGCAGGGUUUUAGCCAAAAUCUGCAGUUUUUCGGUUUGCAAAUCAUCAAAAUUCUAAUAUAAUUUCUCACUUAGAUUAUAAGACACAGAAUACAUGAUAACAAUAUCCCUUAUCAGUUUGUUUAGUAAUACUUAAAUAAAGAUUUUAAUGUAUGUGAUAUCAAUAUAAAACAUUUUAUUUGAAACAAUCUGUCCAUAUUUAAUGUUAAGAUAUUAUCAAAAUAAUUCUAAGUAACAAGUGUACUACAACAUUUUUAUAAAUGCUGGUCACAUUUUUUCAUUCAGGGAUAAUUUUAAUAAAAUCACCGUCAAUUGCGUCUCCAGAAUCAUACUUAUUUAUUUAGAACACAUGACUUGUUUUCGUAUCUUUUCGAGGCUGCUCGAUCAGUUUCAAGGACAUGAUUAUAAACCCCGAUAUUGCCAAGAAAGCAGUCGAGCGUUCUCGAAAAGAAAUGUGGUAUGUUCUGGUUAAUUAAACACGGUAUUAUUAAAAUUAUCUUCAAUAUCUAUGUAACUGAGUUAAAAACAUAUACCUACAUACAUAUUUCUGUGACCAUAUGGAAAUUAUUUAUGUCAGUUAAAUUUCUGAUCUAAUUGUUAUAAUUAUAUCUUCAUCAUAUCCAUUGAAUAUAUCAAGCACUAUUAGAUUGAAUGAUUUCGUAUUAUUUGGCCAAUUACUUAUAAGAACAUAUUAAAAUCUUAAUGUUCUAAAUGUUACCAUAUUAUUAGAUUAUUUUCUCAAAUAACUAUAAUAUGGCUUUUGGUUAUAUAUCUAAACAAUACUCUACAGUUUGACUAGUCAUCUAAAGAAACGAGAAAGGAGCUGGUUAAACAGUAAAAUACAAAAAAUGCUUUGAAGAUUUUGCUAGCACUUUACUUUGGUUAAGUUUCCUAAGUGGAACAUUUAAGACAUUUCUUCUUCAUCAUCAUAAGAGUUACAAUAGCACAUUUGAUAUUUUACUGUUUAAUCUUUCCUACAGUGACUAAACAUCUGCCAUUUUAAAUAUAGGGAACUCAUUUUUUGUAUCUGUUAACACAAUAAAAUCAUAAAAAAUAUCUAUUUAGAUGUGUUGAAAUGUACAACAUAAAAUAAUGUUGAUUAAUAAUCUGGCAAUCGAGACAGUAAUAUUGAAAAAUUAAUAAUAAUUUUUAAUUUUUACGUGAGGCAACUAUUUUGACAUUUAAAUUUUUUAAUAUUACUGUCUUGCCAAUAUUAAUAAAUAGUUAAAAAUAAUGAAUGUUGCCACUACAAUAGAUAGAUAAAAAUAAAUGUAUAAAUUAGACAGAAAAAAAACUAAAGAAGUAUUUAUUGAUAAAUAAAUAAAAAACUGUACCAUCUUACUGGAAUAAUGUUAUUUUGAAAAUGGAAAUGAAUGAAUGAUAAUGUUGCAUUAGUAAAAAAAAUGCUCAUUUAAUUAAAUCCUAUGUAAAUAAAUGUAACGUUAAGAACUUAAGUGUGGUCUAAUAUUCGUGACCAUGCACGCCACUUUUUAAUUUUAUUUUUUUACUUCUAAGUGUAUAUACAUAUAUUGGGUACUUUGGUACUCCAAUGGAAAUAACAUUCAAUUCGUUGUAAAUUAUAGCGUUUUUUUUAUAUUCCCAAGACUGUACGUAUUAAUCAUCUAAUAUGUAAAAAUAAAUUCGAAAAAC